ACGCUACGUCCUAACCUGGUCCUCUCCCCCAGCUUCCCCUGGGAUGAAAGGGAGUGACGCAGAACCGAUAGAAAAACUGUCUUGAACGCCAACAUAGGUAGGGGGUGAUGCUCCAACCAUACGCUACCCUAGUUCCCCAGAUUCAAGACAGACACACGGCCUGCCUAGUCUGAGGGCGACAGAGACAGAAAACUGGUUUAGUUUAGCCUCACUUUCCUCUCGACUUUCAUCUUAUCAGCUGACGUCAGGAGCAAUAAUUCUACGGAUAUUCUACAGAUUUGAAUCAAUUUGGACAAGUGAAUGAGCACAUGACUAAGCAGUCACGAAUCUUCAAGCACCUGACAAGGCGACUUCAAAGAAACUGAUAUUUUUACUCCCUUGAAUACUGAAAGGAUCAUUUGUUUUGACAUUUAAUAUUUUUCUUCUCAAAUGGCAAAUUAGCCUAGGCUAUACUGUCAAACUGAAAACCGGUCAAUAGUGCAUUUGCACCGAAGGAUAUAUUUGACAUCUUUACGGUCACAUUUCUCAUCUUCAUCAUGAAUUAUCUGCGUCGCCGACUGUCGGACAGCAAUUUUAUGUCCAAUCUUCCCAACGGGUAUAUGACUGACCUACAACGCCCCGACCCGCCGCAGCAGACAAGCCCUGCAGUGUCGCCAGGGCCAUCAGAGAGGCGUCAAUCCACCAGCCAGCCGUCUGGCGGUGCAGGCUUUUUCUCCUCCAUAUCCAACGCUGUCAAACAAACCACUGCCGCGGCAGCUGCGACGUUCAACGAAGCCACGGACAGAGCUGCGACUGGGGCCAAGAUACUGCUGGUUAUCGAUGACCAACAAACCGACUGGGUGAAAGUCUUCAAAGGUAAAAAAGUCCAUGGUGAAUAUGAUAUCAGAGUGGAACAUGCUGACUUUGCAGAGAUCAAUCUGCUGGCUCACGCCACAGGGACCUUCAGUGUGGACAUAGAAGCAAUAAGGAAUGGAAACAAGAUCACCAAGUGUUUCAAGCCAGACUUUGUUCUGGUCAGGCAGCACGCGUUCAGCAUGGCCAAAAAUGGAGAUUUCCGAAACAUAGUGAUUGGCUUGCAGUAUGCUGGUCUGCCUAGUGUUAACUCUUUGCACUCUGUGUACAACUUUUGUGACAAGCCAUGGGUGUUCGCUCAGAUGUCCAGAUUGUACAAGCAACUUGGUCCACAGGAGUUCCCACUGAUAGACCAGGUGUACUAUCCCAACCACAAGGAAAUGAUCACCACCCCUGGUUUCCCUGUGGUCGUGAAGAUGGGACAUGCCCACUCAGGGAUGGGAAAGGUGAAAGUAGACAAUCAAUACGACUUUCAAGAUAUUGCAAGUGUUGUUGCCUUGACAAAAACCUACGCCACAUCCGAACCUUUCAUCGAUGCAAAAUAUGAUGUCCGUAUCCAGAAGAUAGGGAGCAAUUACAAAGCGUACAUGAGGACAUCCAUUUCUGGGAACUGGAAAACCAACACAGGUUCUGCCAUGCUGGAGCAGGUGGCCAUGUCUGAGAGGUACCAGAUGUGGGUGGACUCGUGCUCCGAGGUGUUUGGAGGUCUCGACAUGUGCGCUGUGGAGGCCUUGCAUGGGAAAGACGGGAGGGAUCACAUCAUCGAGGUGGUUGGCUGCUCCAUGCCUCUGAUAGGAGACCAGCAGGACGAUGACAGGGCUCUCAUCGCUGACCUGGUGGUCUCCAAGAUGAACCAGACCAUCCCUCACACCGCAAGCCCCUCCCUUACCCGAGCCACCUCAGGCCAGACGACACAGAAAGCUCCAUCUCCUCAGCCCAUCUCCCAGCCAAUAGUCCCACAAGCUCAACAGCGCCCCCCACCCCAAGGUGGCCCCCAGCAGGCAGCUGCUGGUACUGCAGCUCCUCGCCAGGGUGCUCCCCCCCAGCAGCGUCCCUCUCCCCAAGGCCAGCCCCCGGUCCAGGCCCCAGUCACCAGCCCCGGCAGCCAGCCCCCUCCGGCCCAGCCUCAGCAGGCCAGGCAGGCUAACCCGGCGCCCGGGGCCCAGCAGCGGGUUCCUCCAGGCCAGACGGCUGCUCAAGGUCAGAGACCCCCCCCAGCCCAGGGCUCUCCCCAGCGUACCCCUCCCCAGGCCCAGAGGCCUCCACAGCAGACUGGGGCCCAGCAGCAGAAGCCCCCUCCUGUAGGUCCGGGUCAAAACCAGAAGGCCCCCGGGGGUCAGAGGCCCCCCCAACAGAGGCCUGGUCCUCCGCCAAGGCAGCAGUCACAGGGGGCCAGCCAGCAACAGAGGCCCCCUGGCCCACGGCCAGCGGGGGCCACCACCCAGCAGCCUCGCCCGGCUGGUCAGGGCCAGGGAGGCCCUGGAGGGGCCAGGCCCCCCCUGCAGCAGAAGCCCCAGCCCCCCCAAAAGCCCUCCCAAGACAGCCCGUCUACCGGUGGCUCUCCCCAGCUGAACAAAUCCCAGUCUCUUACCAAUGCCUUCAACAUUCCAGAAACGUCAUCGGACAGCCUUAGGCAGGACGAGGCGAAGGCUGAGACCAUACGCAACCUGCGCAAAUCAUUUGCCAGUCUCUUCUCAGACUGAGAAGGCGUAUCCCCCCCCCCUUCCCAACCAGACAGAAUGACAGACAGACAGACUGAAGGACAGACCCCGCCCCUUUUUCCUCAAUGCACAACGGACCAACGGAAUGACAUCACAUCCCUCUCAUGGACUUUCAUGUAUUCUGGAAAAAAAAUCCUCCUGUGAUAUAAUCUACUGCCUGUACAAGUUCAAAACACUGCAGACACCACAAGUGUCUAUCCCAAACAUUCCCUGACAGCUUUUCAAGAUGAAGUUUUUCACAAACAAACUCACCCAUAGAGAAGCACAGACAAAAACAUUCCUAAUUCAUCGUUCUGUGGUGGAAUUGUAUGUAAAGAAAAUCUUUAAAUCACAUUGGUCCGUUUAAUAGUUUGUGUCAUUAUACAUGUGACAUUUAUGGACUUCAUGAUAAAACACUACAGUGAAAGAUAACAGUGUAUGGAUGUUUUGACAUUUGGACCUCAUCAAUCAUUCGAAAUUGUAGUAUUUACAAAGUUUAUGGGCAGUCUGUAAAAAAAAACUUGAACCUUAUGCUGUUUCUACUUAUCUGUUCAUCUUUCACAGUAAAAUCAGUGU